AUGAGCCCCACCCUCAAGGCCCUGCUCUGCCUCAGGCUGAGUGUGGGCCUCAGGACCCCAGUGCAGGCAGGGCCCCUCCCCAAACCCACCAUAUGGGCUGAGCCAGGCCCUGUAAUCCCCAGCGGGAGCCCCAUGACCAUCUUCUGUCAAGGAACACGAAAGGCUAAGGAGUACCUAAUUUAUAAAGAGGGAAGCCUAGUACCAUGGAAACAACAGAAGCCACUGGAGCCUGGGGACAAGGCCAAGUUCUCCAUCACACGCAUGACAGAGCAUGAUGCAGGGAUAUAUCACUGUUACUACCUCAGCCCCACUGGCUGGUCAGGGCACAGUGACUUCCUGGAGCUGGUGAUGACAGGAUCCUACAGCAAACCCAGCCUCUCAGCCCUGCCCAGCCCUGUAGUGACCUCAGGAGGGAACGUGACCCUCCAGUGUGGCUCAGGGCAGGGAUUUGACAGGUUCAUUCUGACUAAGGAAGGAGAUCACAGGCUCUCCUGGACCCAGGACUCAGAGCCACAGCCCAGUGGGCAGUCCCAGGCCCUGUUCCCUGUGGGCCCUGUGACCCCCAGCCACAGGUGGACGUUCAGAUGCUAUGGUUGUUACAGGAACAGCCCCCAGGUGUGGUCACACCCCAGCGAUGCCCUGGAGCUCCUGGUCUCAGGAAUGUACAGGAAACCCUCCCUCUCAGCGCAGCCGGGACCCUCAGUGGCCUGGGGAGCGACCCUGAUGCUGCAGUGUGGGUCUGAAAUCUGGUUUGACACCUUCCACCUGCACAGGGAGGGGUCACUGGACCCUCCCCAGCACCUUCGUCUGCAGGACAGGUCUGCACCCUCUCAGGCCAACUUCACCCUCAGUCCUGUGACCUCAGGCCACCAGGGGACCUACAGGUGCUAUGGCUCACACAGCACCUCCCCCUACCUGCUGUCACAUCCCAGUGACCCCCUGGAGCUGCUGGUCUCAGGUGAGGAGCCCCAAGACUACACAGUGGAGAAUCUUAUCCGGAUUAUUGUGGCUGGCUUAAUCCUGGUGGUCCUUGGGGUGCUGCUAUUUGAGGCUCGACAACCUCAGAAUGACACCAGAAGGGCCCUCGAUGCAGCCAGCAUGUGAACACAGAGGGAACAACGCACCGUUCAGAGUGGGGGAGUCUUGGAGUCCACCUGAGGAUCCCAGGAGGUGCUGAAGGAAAGUCGGGACCAUAGUUGGGGAAACUGUCUGUUGAGAAUGUCCAGAGGAGUAGACAUGGUAGGUGAAGAUUGGGUGCAGGAGAACGUGGGCCAUGUCCACCUCCAUCCACCUGGGUGCUCU